ACCGCCUUCGUCCCCGGCCCGGAGGAACGGCGCGGUCCUUGGCACGGCCCGUGGGGUCAGGAUGUUCCUCUUGGCGAUGCCCAGAAAUAAUAAUAAUAAAAAAAAUCCUCCCGCCCUCCGCGGGAACCCAGCGGCUGGCGCCAGCAGCCGGGAUGGUGACGCUAGGUCUGAUGUCCCCACCGGCAAAGAGCGGCAGCUGCUUCCCGCACCGCGGCUCGGCCGGGAUGCAUUUGGGGGAGAGGUGGAGGGAUGCUCGGUUGAGCCCCCCCACUUGUCCCCAGCCUUUCCCCAUGUCCCCGUUGGCCGUUGCCACCCCACAUGUUUUCUCUCCUUGCUCAAGAGAAAUGGGAGCAGCCACCUCCGAAUGCCGAUCCGUGUGGCUCACGGCUUUGCAGGGCUUCCAAUCCACCCGUCCAUCUGUCCGUCCAUCCAUCCAUCGAAGCCUGGCUGCCUCGGUGCAGCCGAAUCGUCCACCCUGAACCUAGGGGUGCUCCACGGGCGUCUGUCCUGCCGGCACCCGUUCCCCAGGCCCGAUCUGCCACCACGUCCCGGCUCCUCUGAGCAGCCGCAGGAGUUCUCCGAGGCUUUCCCAUCCCUCGUCUUUCCUAAAUCCCUCCAGCAACAUCCUAGAAGGCUUUUGCCAUGCAACAAACCGGGCCAAACCGUCGGAAGGAAAUGGCACGAGCCCCGGCACUGGGCAAACCGGGCCGUUGGGCAAACCGGGCCGCGGGGCGCAGGGCUCACCGGUGAUGAGCGGCGGCGGGUGACUAAUGUCAUCACAGUGUGCCCACCCCACGGCGGGGCCUGGGCCGGCCAGCUCCACACCUCCUCCAUGCCCCAGGGACGCCUGAACCUGGUGCCACCGCCAGCUGGUGCCACCUACACGUCGGAUGUGCCCUGAUCUAUUGAGCAGGGGCCAACGUCACCGCCGUGAGCUCCGGGUGUUUCCUAAGAAAGCGCGGUUCCUCGCUCGUGGUCUUCCCAGGAGCUCAAGCGAGUGAUUAAGGAGAUGAAUAAGGGAGACACACAAGCAUCUGGCCCCCACGGAUGGGAGCAUAUGAUCAUGAGCUGGUCAGGGGACAGGAGAUAUGGCCAAAAAAGGCUUCGCCCGGCUCACCCGCCCGCGGCUGGGCAACGUCAUGUCGGGCUGUGAUAAGAGCUUGGCUUCCAAAAAAGAAUAGGGGAACCUGCAGGACGGUGACUUGCUCGUCUGAGUCAAAACUCACGUUGCCUCAUGGUCAGCAGGACGUAGCUCCAGGCCUCCGAGAGCCACCAGCUCCCAUUUCCCCCAGCGUGGAGCGGCCACCCUGACCUGCUGCCCGGUGCGUGACGCCUGGAGAUCACCCGUUUCCGGUGUGUCUCACGGUGACACUUGACCAAGAAGGAAAGGAGGAAAUUGUGAAAGGCACCCAGAUAGCAUCAGCUUUGAGAAACGGCUCGGGCUAGGCUGAGGAAAGCCCCCGUGAGGUGGUUCUCAGGGUAUCGCCGGAGCGGGACGCGGGGGAAGUUGACCCUCAGGCAGCAUUGGAUGUGCCUUCAGCGGAAGGUCUCUUGGGCCCGAUUCAUCCUUGGGGCAGGAGGUAGAAGCUGGUUGCAAAAAGGUGCAGAAGUAGCAGAAGGAGAUGGGAGGAGGAAUACGAGCACGGAGACCUUUUGGCCCAAAUCCCAACUCUUUUCAGGCGGAAACGCGGCUACGAUGUUUCGUGGGAGUUCUAGCUCCCAGCGAUCUUCUUGCCUGUGUUUCCACCUGUCAGAUGGGAUCUCCACUGUGUCCCGACACCCUCCCAUCCCGAGGUGGCCACGAAUCACAGCUUGGGAUGGGAGAUGGAGGCCAGGUGGAAACACGGGCCAGCACAUCGCAGCAGCGAAUCACCCAGUGUCACUUCUGGACUGGAACAGUCAGGGGUUACUGGGACACGGAGCAGCUGAAUGGACACAAGUGGCUGGUUUUCCUUGAAAGACAAAUAUUUUCUGCCAGAAAAUAGCAUUCUAUCAAGAAAUACUUAGUAUGGAAAAUGUUUGACCUUUCCUAUUGUUUGGCUUCCAGGGAAGUUGGCCAGAGAAUGAAAACAAGUCAUCUCUCCUCGUUUUUUUCAUCCCCACACGCUUUCUGCUGAACACUGGGGGAGAACCGUGCUCAGAUUUUGGGAGUAGCUGUGACCAUCUGCCAACCUACAAGUGGCUGAAGGACGUCCUAAAAACGUUCUGCGUAAGCUUUUGGAGAAGAGUCUCCAAAUCUCCGAGGACUUGGAUACUCCCUCCUCCUUUUUUUUUUCUUUUUUUUUUCCUUUUUUUUUUUUUUUUUUUUGGCAUCUCUCCAUGUCUCUUGCUAUCUACAAGUAGCAUGUUGAGGACAAAUCUAACGGAACUGGAUUCUUCCCAAGCUCGGAGGUCUCCAGUGGCUGCGACGCUGAUGGACAUAGCUCGCGUUGAAGACAAGGUGAAGGAAAAGCAAACCGGGAUGGUUUCUCCAAGAACCUGGAAAACCGUUAUUCCCUAUGAGAUUCCUCACGUGCGGGGGCUCGAGCAGCCAGUAGGGCUGGAGCAAGGUGCUCGGGAUGCGAUGUCUUCACCAAGCUGGAGGAGGGAUGGAGCGGCGCCGCUGAGCGCCUCCGACCCCGAGGGCUGUUGAUAGCGUUAAUUAAUUAAUUAGGCUCUGGUAGGAGCCGCCGCGUGGCCGGCGAGGCACAAAUCUGGAGGCGCGGGGGGCCUCUGCCGCUCCCCCCUCCUUCGCUUUCCUUUUUUAUUAUUA